UCGUUGCGUUAGCGUAAGUGCUGUGGUGAGCUGAAUGAGAUGAACUUCGUUUGUUAGCCUUCGGAAAACAACCAAGUUUGCGGAUUGGAAUGUGAUACGCUUUGGUGUAGGGCUUGUUGGAUAUUCCUGGAUCGGUGUUUAAUAGAGAGAACUCAUUUGCCUUCAUUGCAAUAAGUAGUCCCUAAAGCGGAACCUUCAUUUGUUUAUAAGAGAGAAAUAAAUUCUCCAGAAAAAAAAUUGCGCUUCGACUCCAGUCCCAAUCAAUUUUGCUGUAGAAGUGGGGUGUUGUUUUAAACAUUGCCCUCACUGGCUGGUGCUGAUCUCUGCAUAAUGCUUUUCUGUUGGUCUGGUAUUCGAAGCUUUCCUAAGCUUUGGAAGAUCAAUCCUUACCUUUCGCUAGGCCCAGGGCACCCUUCUCUCUUUCUCUUGGUUGACUGUGGCAUCAGGAAUCAACAGAGAUGGUUUUCUCUUAAAACUAUGUCUCCACAAAAUACCAAAGCAACGAAUCUGCCCAUUGCCAAAGCCAGAUAUCUCAGGAAAGGAUAUGGGGGCAGUAAGAAGCAGGUUCCUUCUGAUUCACCUCAUCUUUUUGCAGCUGGAGCAGCUAAAAAGCGAUCACAGAUGAAUAAUCCUCAAAGUAAGGAUCAUGCCUUGCCACCUGUGAGGAACACCAUUCAACUCCCAACAAAACCUUUGAAUUCAGAGGAGUGGGAUAAACUUAAGGAAGAUUUCAUAGGAAAGGCUAAUUUUGAAGACCUGGUCAGUUCACGGAUGGCUCAGUGCCAUAGCUCUGUAGAUGUGGCUAAAUCUCUGCUGGCAUGGGUAGCAGCAAAAAACAAUGGAAUUGUAGGCUAUAAUUUACUAGUCAAGUAUUUACAUCUUUGUGUUGUUCAUAAGCAAACAUCAGAAGUUAUUGAUGUCUAUGAAAUCAUGAAAGCCAGAUACAAGAGUUUAGAAUCUGGGGGUUACACUCUUCUCAUCCGGGGAUUAAUCCACUCAGACAGAUGGAAAGAAGCUUUGCUACUGUUAGAAGAUAUAAAAAAAGUCAUGAUCCCUUCAAAAAAGAACUAUGGUGACUGUAUCGAGGGAGCCCUCCUUCAUCAGGAUGUGACUACAGCUUGGAAUUUGUAUCAGGAAUUGCUAGGUCACGAUCUUAUUCCUAUGAUGGAAACUUUAAAAGCCUUCUUUGAUUUUGGAAAAGACAUAAAGGAUGAUCACUAUUCAAACAAGCUACUAGACAUUCUUUUAUAUCUAAGAAGUAAUCGGCUGUACCCUGGGGAAUCUUUUGCACACAGUAUAAAAACAUGGUUUGAAAGUAUUCCUGGGAAGCAAUGGAAAGGACAAUUCACCACAAUCCAGGAAAGUGGUCGGUGUUCAAGCUGUGGAAAAACCAUUGAGUCUAUUCACCUGAGUCCAGAAGAGUAUGAAUUUCUCAAGGGAAAAAUCAUGAGGGACGUGAUAGAUGGAGGUGACCAAUACAAAAAGACAACACCUGGGGUGAGUACAAUAGGCUUUAUUGUAUUCUUGGUUUGCUUAUCUAGAUCAGGGACCUGCAGUUUUUUCCUAUAAAGGCCAGAUAGUAAAUAUUUUCAGCUUUGUAGGUCAUACAAUCUC